CUUUCUUUUCCGACAUGCCUGCUGAAGAUUCACGUCCUGCCAAACGACUCAAGCUCGAGAAUGAAGACAGCUUUCACCCUGAUCUUCUUUCGCAAGAAACUAGAGAUAAAAUAGCGGCCGCUUUCAAAGUGUCCAAACCGUAUCUGCACUGCAAAAUCGACCAGCUUGUCAACGACUCCCUCUUGCGCCAAGUCCGCAAGGAAAUCUUUGACAAUUUACAUUUCACCCUGAAGGAAACCGAUAUUUACAAGGUUUGGCAAACUGGUGAUCUUGCCAACUUGGACGGACUUCCCGAGGAAGAACUGGCCAAACUCCCGUCUAUUUUCAAAUUGCGAAAUGUCAUCUAUUCGCAAGAUUUCCGUGAUUUCAUUUCGCAUAUCACCGGGUGUGGACCGCUCUCGGGAAAGAAGGCGGACAUGAGCAUCAACAACUAUUUGAAUGGAUGCCAUUUACUGAAUCACGACGAUGUCAUUGGUACGCGACGAGUAUCGUUUAUCUUGUACCUCACUGAUCCAGAUGAAAAGUGGGAUCCCAAGAAUGGAGGAGCAUUGGAGCUUUAUCCUGUUGUUGAAAAAGGAACUCCGGCAACAGACCCAACUUUGAUUAUUCCUCCACAGUGGAACCAAUUUGUAAUGUUCACUGUACAACCUGGUCACUCUUUCCAUUCUGUUGAAGAGGUUGUUCCUGUUGGAAAACCUCGUUUGAGCAUUUCUGGAUGGUUCCACAUUCCACAGGAGGGAGAACCUGGCUACCAAGAAGGAAUGGAUUCGGAUGGACCACAAUCAUCCUUGCAGCAGUUGGAGGCUCCAGACUCCAGCGAAGAUUAUUCACACUAUGGCGAGGAAUUAGAUGAAGACGCUACUGAGGGUCUCGCCGAAAGCGAUCUAAAAGAACUGAUCGAAUGGAUCAACCCACAAUAUUUGGAUAUGAGCAUCCUAUCCACAAUUUCUGACAAAUUUGUUGAAGAAUCCGUCAUUCAAUGCAAGGAAUUCAUCAAACCAGAAUUAGCUCAACAAAUUGAGAAAGCUACACUCCAGGAAGAUCAAGAGCAAGGCUUUGGUAAUGAAGUGAUGAUGCCUCAUGGUACUGGCGUAGGAAACGGAUGGGAAGUGCAUGGUCCUCCACACAAGCAUCGUUACAUGGUGACAGCAUCGGAUGUUAAACCAGAUGGACAGUCAAGCGCAAGCCUUUUGCACAAGCUCGAAUCCUUUUUCGCCACACAAUCGUUCAGACGCUGGCUCGCUGUGGUCACUCAACUAAUUGUGAAGGGAUAUCGUGGUGGAGCUCGAAGAUUCAGACCCGGUUUGGACUAUACUCUUGCUACCAUGAACACUCGUGGUCAAGCUAUCCUGGAUGUUACUCUUGGACUUUCAUCGACGAAAGAUCGACAGGCUGCGGCUAAAUGGGAAAGUGAUGAGUUUGGGGGCUAUGAAUGCUACAUGGCACCGCAUGAUGAUGAGGAAGACCCCGCGACAUACAAGGCAGCUGAUGAAGAUGGUGCUUUGCUCACACUUUCUGCCGCCUCCAACACUUUGUCGAUUGUUCUUCGAGAUGAGGGAGUUAUGCGAUUCAUCAAAUAUGUUAGCGCUAGAGCUCCUGGAUCUCGUUGGGAUAUUUCACUUGAAUAUGAUCUUCCUGAAGAUCAAGAUGCAGAGGACGAUGAUGAUGAUGAGAACGAAGGAGAUGACUAAGGAUAGAUAAAAUUUAUAGGAUGUAAAUAUGCCUUAUAGAAUUAUGUUAAAAUCAUGUUAAACCCAUGUUACAUUUGCUUGUUUCCCCAUUCAAGCCUUUGGCUCUACCCGAUACCUUUAGUCGAAGGCGCAUAUGACACUCACUCGUAAAGCCGAGCUAUAUAGAUGGAUAAAUACAAAUAAGCUUGACCUGCUGCCAACGUUGUCUUCUUUACGGUAUAACCACGAAAGACUAACUAUCAUCAAAAUGAGAAUCAUCAAAAUUAGACUCUUCCGAUACGAUACAAUCUGUUUUAAAUUUAAAAAAUAGCUAUGAUUUGUUCGAUAUUUGACGUUUGUAGAAUCCCUCAAUUUUGUCUGCUCAUACGCUAAGUAUAUAAACUUUCCUUGCGAUGCUAUGAGACUAUUCAGUACGAAAGAUCUGCCUUUAUUUGAUUAGCAUCAAUAUCAAUUUGUUGGGGUUCGAAAGUCUCGU